AAUAUGUUGGAUAGGUUCUUUAAUCAAUUAAGACCGUCUCUGAAGCAUGGGCUAUCUACCUUCUGUUGGCGCUUCUUAAGGGUUAAAUUCCACCGCCAGUGACUCUGGAGAUUUAUUUCAAGCCUCGUCACAAGAGGAACGCCUUCUAACCCGUGUGCGGUUUCCAUGAAUAGGAUUUUAUUCGCCUUGAUACCUGGUAAAGAUUUCGUUGUAUACGAAGUAAACUCCGUGAGAAUCUCCCGGGAGCCAUCGCUGUGCAGCGUGACAAUUGCCUCGGUAAAGAGUGUGCUGUUAUAUAUGCAGGAUUUUAAAGUAAUGGUAGUCCACACCGGAAACUCGUAAUUGAUGGCAGACACAAAAAUACAUUUUUCCCCAUUGACAUAAGGAAGUUUUAAUGCAUCAACGAAACUCAUUGAUAUCCAGCGACAUUGUUGGCUUGCUGUGUACACGUUUGGAGACAUUGUCGAGGGAAAAUAUCACAACGGAAUAAAAUCCGAUUAGAUCAAUUGCUUUUGAAUUGGAAAUCCCCAGUUCUAGAUAAAGUCGACAUGUAAACGGUCCACGUGGUAAAGAGAAGAUCAAUCGUUUGUUUUCCGUGGGGAGUCGUUAACCUUGUAUAGAGGUGGGGACUCAUUGUACGGAGAUUUCACGUUGUGAUUGAUAAUACAUUGUAAGUAGUGAAUAUAUAAUACAACUACGAAAUUCCAUUGGAUGCGAGAUACACGAGAGUACCUUUAGAUUUUGUUUAAAACAUGGGUGCAGGUGUUUCCCGCCACGGUCAAGUGAGACGAAAGGUGCAGGCCGUUAACGCAUUCGAGGACGCCGGGAAGCGUCACAGGCGAAAGAACGUCAAGAAAGGCGGUGAUGUCGCCUUGGAUAGUAUGACGUCACCAGAACGGACCUCUUGUACUACAUCUCAUUGGCUGAGAAUUAAGGAAAGGAGCAUUUCUAAGACAGAGCUGGAAUCUAGAUCCGCCCUUAGACUCAGUGAUUUCAAUAAAGUAGUGCGAAAACGAACCUUAGAGAAAGAAGACGAUGUGCCAAUCACCAUACCAUAUGUUUCAAAUGAAAAGGUUGAACCGGAAGAACUUUGUCACGUGUGCAGUGUAUACACCGGAAGAGAAACUUAUCCGUGUCGUAUCUGUUACAAAGUAUACCAUGAAAGUUGUCUCCGAAAACUAGGUCAGUGCAACGACCCAGCAUCCUCUGUUUUACUGAAAAAAGCACUCAAACCCAUCGGCUGGAGCUGUCAAAAUUGUGACGAUUUGAGCAGUUUGCUGACGGAGGAGGAGCUGCACAAUUUGUUUUCGUCAUUAGACCGCUAUGAAGUGGCACAAGAUUCUAGUAUAGGACUGGAGGAUUUUAUGGAAUACCGGAAGCGUUGCUAUAACGACCAAGAGGGAGGAGAUUUACCAAAGGAUUCCUUACAAGAAGAUUUGGCGCGUUUUCACCGGAUCGACAAGGACAACACCGGAUCGAUCACUUGGUGGGAAUUCAUUAACUUUGAGUCAAUCCGGAUCCUGAAAAAGCGGAGCAAGAAUUCGAUCAUCCACCUGCUAUCACCAAGGGAAAUUGAGAUCGCCCGGCGACUCUUCCGCAUCUAUGACGACGGUUCCCAAGGAAACAUAACUGAAUUCAAUGUCAAAAAGGCCAUUGCUGCUUACUACACGCUGUUCAUAGAAUGCGAUGAUACUCUUAAUGGAUUUGCCGUGCUAUCGAAGAAGGACGAGGAUCUGGCAUUCGUUUUGACAGAAAUGUUGUCGUUUACAAUGGACUGCGAAUCGGAGGGUUCGAAGGGCGUGACCUGGCACGAGUACCUGUUAGAACUCAGCCUCUAUGUCCUCGCCGCCAGACCAAACCUUAGCCCAGUCCCGGUGGAGAGUUCCGAGUGGACCAAAGGCGACCUGUUUGGGGUCAGCAUGAUCCUCCCCCUGCUUUCCACCCAUGCCAGAGAUUUAGGGGCCACACCCACAGUCACAGGAAUUAUAGGCUCAACUUAUGGAGCACUGCAGCUAUUCUCCAGCCCUAUAGUGGGUCAGUGGAGUGAUGAGGUCGGGAGGAAGUUUUGUCUCCUGUUCUGUUUGCUGGCCUCAGCAGGGGGAUAUUUCCUCAUGAGUUUCUCCACCACUCUCAUUGUGCUCAUGCUGUCUAGAAUUCCCACAGGCAUUUUUAAACACAGCCAGAGUGUUGCCAAGUCGUACCUCACGGAGAUGACCCCCCGAUCUGAGCAGUCAGGGGUAUUGGGGACGUUUAAUGCAGCCUCCAGCAUUGGCUUUAUUCUCGGCCCGAUGGUGGGGGGCAGGCUGGCCGAGACUAAUGGGGGAUUCUACAAGGUCACGCUUCUGUGUACAGCUUCAUUCAUCAUCAACGCAGUUUUAGUGUGGGUGAUAGUGGAUGAGAAAUCGCCCAGUAAACAUAACCAGGGACUCGCUUUGAUGAGAAAUGAUUCAGAAGUGUCCUUAAAGAAGCUGAAUUCUGAAGAAGACAGCUUCAGUCCUAAGCAGCUGUUACAUUCCUUCAGAACCUUUGACUGGAAGAACCUCUGGGAUUUGUUUCUCAUCAAAUUCUGUCUGGGAUUUUCAAUCCUCCUCUAUAGGAGUAAUUUUUCGUUGACCAUGAGGGAGAAAUUUCAAAUGUCUCCCAGUAACAUGGGUUACAUCAUUUCGUACUCGGGGACUGUUUCAGCAUUCAGUGGAUUUCUUGUAGGAAGAAUUUCCAAACUUUUUAGAAGUGAUGCGCAAAUAGUGUUAUUCAUGGGCGUCUUCCAAGUGUGUACGCUCUUAUCUCUAAGCUUUGUGAAUAAUAUAGAAUUAUAUAUUUUGUGUUUAACACCCUUAAGCCUCAUCUCUACAAUGUUGCGAGUUUCCGCUACCAGUCUGACAAUACAGCGAUGUGGCGGUAAAAAUGUUGGAGGAAUUAUGGGAAUGAGUCAGAGUGUGAUGUCAUUAGCGCGCAUGCUCUCUCCAUUUAUAUCGGGGUUAAUCAUGGAAGUGAGUAACUCGGGGACGGCUGUAGCGGGGUCACUGGUGUCGAGCGUUGCUGUGAUAUUGUUGGUUUUGAGACCACAAGAACCAAAAAUAUUUAAAGAAAAAGUGCAAUAAACCAAUAAAUCUA